GCAGCAGAGAACCGAGAGUCACUGGUUUUUUUUUUUUUUUUAAAUAAACUAAAAGGUAACCGCUAACCUUGGACUUUAGCGGCGCUCUCCCUGACGCUGGGAGGAAUGAAGAGGCAGUGACACCCCUGUGAAAAUAUCGUGAAGGCGUAAAAACAAUGCCCUCUUUUCGUUUUUAAACGUUUUUUUUUUCUUCUUCUUCUCCUACGCCCCCCUUUCGGGUUGCUAGUUAGCCAGACCGCUAGCUCCUAGCUCUGCACAGCACAGUACAGCACAGCACAGCACAGGUCUCCUCCUUCAGUCUGCUCCACGUCUUUCCCUGAAGAACCGGGCUACGAGCGAAGAGGGGACCUUGUCGACAAAGGCUGGCAGAGGGUGAGCUCACUCCCAACAAAACAAGCAUCCGUGAUCUGAUGUGAGAUCCACGGAAAGACUAUGCCUAGUCCUUUAUUUCACCCCGAGAUUAUGGACCACGACGUGGUGAUUAGCAGCCAACACAACGGGGUCGGUCUGUCCAGGGAGACAGAUCAGGAGUCCCGGGAAGAGGACCACCAAGAGGCGCUCCGCUUCGCGCUGGACCAGCUGUCACUAAUGGCCCUGGAGAAGGUGGACUGUGGAGGUGGCGGUAGUGGAAGCAGCGGGCUUGUGGACAGCCUGGAUGGGACCCAGGGUCCCGGACCCGAGAACUGCAACGGUGUGAGUGGAGGGGGUUUCGUGGAUCUACAAAUGCUGGACCAUCCCAGUGGGUCCAGGGAUUCUCCGACGUCCUGCUCUCCAUCCCCGGAAUAUUACGGCUCAGGGGGAUACCACAUGGCUGGCUCGCACCCCAUGGUCCACGGGGAACAAAGCUCCGUCCUCUGCAGCAGGAAAAGAAGCGUCAACAUGACCGAGUGUGUGCCUGUCCCCAGCUCUGAGCAUGUGGCUGAGAUAGUAGGCAGACAAGGGUGCAAGAUCAAGGCCCUGCGUGCCAAAACAAACACUUAUAUAAAGACUCCAGUCCGAGGUGAGGAUCCUGUCUUCAUCGUGACAGGACGCAGGGAGGAUGUGGAGAUGGCAAAGCGUGAAAUUGUGUCUGCAGCGGAGCACUUCUCUAUGAUCAGGGCGUCUCGCUGCAAAGCUGGAGGGCCUGGAGGAAGUGGCUCUCUACCCGGCCCACCAAACCUACCUGGACAGACAACCAUACAGGUGAGAGUGCCCUACAGAGUAGUUGGUUUAGUUGUUGGGCCAAAGGGGGCAACGAUCAAGCGCAUCCAACAGCAGACUCACACCUACAUUGUGACACCCAGUCGAGAGAAAGACCCCGUGUUUGAGGUGACUGGGAUGCCAGAAAAUGUGGAUAGAGCAAGAGAGGAGAUCGAGACCCACAUCACCCUGCGAACUGGAACCUUUGUAGACCUUCAGGGAGACAAUGACUUCCACACUAAUGGCACUGAUGUCAGUCUAGAAGGCCUCAGCUCUCUGAGUGGGGGGCUGGGGGCAUCUUUGUGGUCCAGGGCAACUAGUCACCAUUCUGCCCCACCUCCUCAAUCAUCGUCCCCACCUACUGCUCUUUCCAUGUCAGUGCACCACUCCUCUGGCAGGAAGAUGUCCUCAUCAAUUACCUAUCACACGCACAACGGCGGGAUGAGCUCAGACAACUUCAGCACCACCCGGAAGGCCAAUGAGGGAGGCAGCCCCACUAGUCCUUUUAGCACAAGCUCCAGUAGCGCUGGGGGAUUCACUUUUGGGGGUGAAUCUACCCCAGGACUGGCUUCCUCAGAUGAACUGGGCUUUGAGUUCAGUGCUUCCAACAUUUGGGCGCCUUUCGUCAACAGUGGAACAGGCAGUAAGACAGCCAGCUCCUCCCAGCAGCAGCCUCUGCGUCGCAACAGUAGUGGCCUCAGUGGUGGUGCCAUCACUCCACGAUUGUCUCCAACUCUGCCUCAGGACACGGGUGUAGUCCCUCUGGAUCACCCGCUUGCCCGUCGUGCCCAGAGCGACCCCCUCAGCACUCUCUCCUGGCUACAGUCUGGCAGCGCAGGAGGUGGUUCCUUCUCUGGAGCAUCCAGCUCCAGCUCCGGCGGCUCGUCAACUGGUUACUCCUCCUGUUCAGCCUCCUCCCUCCCCGGUGGGUCACCCACUGACUCAGAGGGAGGCAGCAGCGGUGUGGGCCUCACCUCUGGGAUGCUGAGCCGACUGAAAGGCGGCUCCAGCUCUGGGGUUGCAGGUCUGGUUGGCGUCAGCCCAGGGCUCAACAGGGACUGCUUUGUGUGUUUUGAGAGCGAGGUGACAGCAGCCCUGGUGCCUUGCGGCCACAACCUGUUCUGCAUGGAGUGUGCUGGGCAAAUCUGCCAGUCAGCAGAGCCAGAAUGCCCCGUCUGUCACACUCCUACCACACAGUGCAUCCGCAUCUUCUCGUAA